UUAGACUCAGUGAAAUUGCGCCGUAAAAGCAGACCGUCGAUUAAGAGAUGGUUUACUGCCUCCAAUAUCAGGGCAAUGAGUAAAUAUAAUAACGAACAGUUAGUUUUAUCCAAGAAUGACUACCGGAAUUGUUUAACUGUGGCCCUUUUACAUGCGAAAGGAUGCUUCCACGGGUUACGUACUCAUUGCAUGGGCAAUGCAAACAUUCAGUGGUAACGUCGCGAUAUUUAUUUUUAAUAAUUGGAAUGAUGAGCUUGUUGUAACUUUCCCCGACCAAUGCCAAUGUUUGCUGUUUGAAUGACAAACCUGCGGGUGUAUAAAUAUGGAUUUAGAGUUCGGUCUUACGUACUGUCAGUGGCUACUGAAUCAUAACCUGAAAAUUGUCUCUCAUUAUCUUGAACGGGCUCAGUACUUUCUGUUUGUUACACUUCGUAAUUUGGGAAACGAAUGUGAUAAACCCUUUACAUCUACAACGUUAACGUUAUGGGUCAUGCUAAUUGUUAUACUUUUGAGUGUGAUUUACCAUCUGUAUAGGAAGGUCUUAGGUGUGUUUUUGAAGCGAAUGACAUUGCCAAUGUUAUAUCGAAGGCACCUAACCAAAACCUUGUGGAAUGCUGGUUUCUGCAUUAACGCCAUACUGUUCUGUAUUACAAAGCUAUUAGAGCGUGCAAACCAUGUAGCAGAUAUAUUUUUCAAUGUUGAUAAUAGUUUUAGAACAGAACAAACAUCACCUGCCCAUGUACUCUUCAGUUGUGUUAUUUUUGCAUAUUAUAUUCACAGCAUUUGUUUAAUGUAUGUUCAGAAAGGCAUUGACACAGAAUUUUUUGCCAAAGGACUACUACUUACAUUUCUGUACACAUGUUAUUCCCUAAGAUAUGUACGCACAGGACUUUCUGCAGUAGUUCUCAUUAAUGUUUAUUCAUUAAAUGUAGAAUUUAUGAGGAUAUGCUACUGUUUGAACCAAAGCAAAGCAACAAAAUCCGGUUUCAUGCGGAAUCUUACAUGUGCAUUAUUUGUGAUUCACUGCGUACUAUGGGGAGGAAUGUUCUUGCUCGUUUUACCAAAGUUCUACUUGUUACCUGCUAUCAACAUCGAGGUGUCCGAUGAGAAUCUGUUACUACUUACGGUACUUUGUGCUACACUAUGGGCAUAUUUGUGGCUGGGGAUAUCCAAUGCACCUGCCGUGAAGCUGGUACGUUACUAUGCGUGGCCAGGCUACGCUUAUGGUCACUGUGACUGGUUAGACUAUGUGCUUUUUGUGCCGCAAAGUGACGUGAUUCAGAACUGAAACAGAUUUGAAGUAAGUCUCAUCUUGAAGAUGCACAUUUACUGCAGUUACUUUGUUACUCAGUAUUAAUACAACAGGUAUUCACAUUUCAAACAUAUAAACUGCUACUAGGUUGGGGUUACCAUACAGUUCAUGAGUGAUGAUAGAUGAGUAUGGAGAAAUGAUAAUUAAUGGGAAAACUUUAGAUGAUGCCAAGUAAUUUGUAUAUUUGUUUCAUAUGAAUGUUGUAGACGGGUUCACAAGGAAAAAUUACACGAACCAAAAUACUAAUAGAGGAAAACAGAAUAUGCAGAUUUAUAUAAAAUACUGAUUUGGAAAACUUAUAGAAAAAAAAAUAAUUUGGAAAACCUCAGAGUAGAUGGUCCAUAGGAUAAAGUAAAUAAAGUGUAAGUUGACCUGUGUCAAAGUACCACAAAAAAGGCAUAUGAGGAACAUUGCAAAAAGGCUUCACAUGUUCUCUACCUCUGUACCAAACAAAUUUAUACAGGAUUUGAAGUUUUCAUGGCAGUGAGUCUGAAGAUGGUUGUCGCAACAUCCCAGAAGACAGCCAUCUUCAAACAUAUUUAUGUUUACCUACAUUUCUAGUACACAAUACAUUCUUUCGAACAAGGCACGAACAAUUUUGAAAAUGCUGUUUUCAUUUGCUGAAUUUGUGAAGUGGCCGUCUACGAACGGAUGGCUGGGGUUCAAUUACCGGCAGGGAAACACCUACUGGACAGAACCGAACAGCCAAAAGAUUGCUUCUGCACAUCCCUACCGUGCAAAGAGGGUUCUGUCAGAAUGAGGCCCGACACUGGUCACUGGGCUCCACCCAUCCUUCUCUUUGCCAGCCAUUGGCACAAGGCAUACAAAACUCUGUCUUAGGUUCAGCUAUGCUUUUUAUCAAAAUGAAGCAUGUUACACAUUUUCAACUCAGUCCUCUCUUUGUGAAUAUGGUAAUGUGAAUUAAAAUCAUGAACAACUGACGAGUAUUGAGUUA